AGCGGAGUAAGAAAACGUGGCCCAUCCUUCGAACAAUUCUCAUAGUUGGUAAGUAAUGGAUCAUAUUUGGUUGAAUCAAAACACAAAACCUCCUGCCCGAUUCACUCCUCUUCUUCUGUUAUUAGGUUUUUCUUUCUAUCUUCUUCCUCCUCCUUCCGAAUCCCCAAUUUCAAUCUGUGUAAUUCAUUCUUUCAAUGUUGAUAAUUCGAAAGAAGAAGAGAUUGCCAGAUAAAUCACAACAACAACAAAAACAAAUCUACGUAUCAAAGUUUUGUCAACAACCAAGAAGUCGUCGUGGUUCUAAACCUAGAACUGAUUUCUCUCUUUUCAUAUCCUCUUCUGCUGCUGAUUCUUCAUCAUCUUCAUCCUCUUCAAUGCUGCAUCAUCGUCAUCCAGGUGCAACUUCAGAGUGCUCAAGGUACGGAAAUGGUCAAUCUCAGGUUGCAACGUCUAGCUUGGGACAAACUUGUCAAGCAGUUUUCCGUAGGCGUAAAAAGGAAAUGCCUAGUUUCCCUCUUGUUCAAUGCAGUGUGAUCAAGAUCGUAGGAGAGGAAAAAAAUUCCUCUAGUUCAAUCAGCGAACAAAUUCCUCAAACGGAGUCGGUCGCACAAGAUAUGAUCCUGGAAAACUGUGAUGAUGGAAACAGAGAUCUCCAGGAAAGUGUUACUGCUGGUGAACUGGCUUCAACUCCCAAUAAAUCUAUAUCGCAGGUAGUAGAAAGCAAUGAUGUUCGGAUGGCUGCAGGAAGCAUUGUAUGGGCUAAAACUGCUAAUGAGAUGUGGUGGCCUGCAAAGGUUAUGGAAGGAAAAACUACUGCUGAUGUUUCAAGUGAUCAAGGUGUCAAUGGACAUGUUCAAGUACAAUAUUUUGGGAACCAUGAAAAUGCUUGGCUAACUCCAGAAGGAAACAUUUCCCUGUUUGAUGAAUGCUUUAAAGAAAGGAGUUGUAAUCCUCUGGCAGCCUUUCAAGAUGCUUUGAAACAGGCCCUGUAUUGCAAAGAGCAGUUAAGAUGUUGCUGGGAGAGGGAUGGAGUUAGGAACUCAAGUCAAGAGCAGCCUUCUGUUGCACCAUUAGAUAAAUGCAUAGAACCAAGUUCAAGCAGAACAGAGGAUUCACUCGAGAAAAGGAGGGGUAAAAGAAACGAAAACCAAAAGUUCUUUUCGAGAAUGUGACUUUUCAAACCAAAUCAGUAAAGAAAGUGAGACGAUUUAGAAUAACGCGGUCCCUUGGUCUCACAGCUCCAAUUGGAUCUCCCUUUUCUCCCACUUACCAGUGGUAAAUAUCAGAUAAUCGUGUAGAGUCUUAUAUUUCUCCCGUUUUAUGUAUUUGGCUUAGCCUAUUUGAAUUGUCAUAGUUCAAUUCAUUCUUGUGAGGAAUCCCGUUUUUUUUUUCUUCUCGCUUCUCUUUUAGUUUUUGAAGAAAUUUGAUCAUGUUAACAUUAAGCGUUACUCGACAAGUAUCUGUUCUUCUUGAUCGUCUGCUUAUACGCAAUUACACGUAGCAGAUCUGUAUACUAAUGUAUAUAUUAUUGGUCUUACCCAGAAAAUAAAAGGGAUUUAUUAAUGCAUUUCAAGGCA